AGUGGCGAGUAGGCAAAAGCAAGGACACCAGACUUCUUUGUGAACAUGACGAACCGGUCUAUGCCAAGUACAUUCUUGAAGAAUUCCAUGCAAAAUGGGCUUGGUCGUUAUGUUUCUCAGCUGCAAAGAAUCACCUUAAACUUCUGUAAAUCUCACGCCAGCAGCUUAGGCAUGAGGGACUUCAUUGAACACCACCUGUUGGAUUUCUCAAAAGCAAAUCCGGGAGUUGUAGUCUAUGUUAAGCCCAGGAGACAUAGAUCACCCAGGAUUGUAGCAACAUUUCUUAAUGGCAAUACCCAGACACUUAACAUGUCUGCUUUACCAAAGGAGGACAUUUGUAAAUGGAUGGAGUCGAUGAGGACUCGAUCAGGUGUGGAAAUGAUGAGGUUAAGAAAGACAUGGCACACUGACACGCCUAGUAUACAAGGUCCUUGGAAUCCAUUCAUCUUCAAGGAUCCCAUUAAUAAUAUCACAUCAUUUCCUGAUCCUAAACUGUACAGCUGCGAAGAAGUUGAGACUAGUGCUAGCAUGCGUCUGUUAAAACAAGCUGAGGAACUCAGACUUGGACAAAUUACUGCUACUUCAGAUGAUUCCUCUGUACCAGAACAGUUAACUAGUGCUUCUGACUCAAGUUCAGGGUCAUAAAAUUGUUUAUAAUUUUAUAAAUUCGUGUAUAUGUGUUUUCAUGUUUGUUUGUGAUGGAACUGAGGUUUAAUUACAUAUAUUUGAAUACAAUUCUUGGCUGACA